UCGUCGCCUGGGAAAACAAACAGCUAUCCAGACAAUUAAAAAGGAAAACACCGAUCGGUCGCCAGGUAAGGAAGAGGCUUGUGGACUUCACCGCGGCACUCGGAAUCUGGUGAAAGAAUGAAUGCUGAUGACUGCAAUGGGCGCUCAUACGCACAAGGUAAUGGAGGAGAGUCAUCAACGGAGCAGGAUUUUUAUGGCACGCUGCAGGGCCCUACAGCAAGAUCUCCAAACAGUCAGCAGUCCUCACCACACCGCUCCCUUAGUGCAAACUCCAUCAAGGUUGAGCUGUGCAGUGAUGAUGAGUCACCAGGUGCUCCACAGCCAGAGAACAGAGAGGCUGUGAGGGACGAUAGCAGGAGGGAUGACAGAGGGGAACCCAUGGAAGAAGGGAACGCAGAGUUCGCUGGAGCUGGAAGAGAUAGAGGGAGCAUUUACAGUGAGAUGGCCAGUCCAAACUCUGCUUCACCAGGACCUAUCCGCCUCCCUAAUGGGAAGCUCCAGUGUGAGGUUUGUGGAAUGAUCUGCAUUGGGCCCAACGUGCUGAUGGUGCACAAGCGUAGCCACACAGGUGAGCGGCCGUUCCAGUGUAACCAGUGUGGGGCUUCCUUCACCCAGAAGGGGAACUUGCUGCGUCACAUCAAGUUGCAUUCGGGAGAGAAACCUUUCAAAUGUCCCACUUGCAACUACGCCUGUCGCCGGAGAGAUGCCCUGGCUGGACAUCUGCGCACACAUACAGUCUCUUCUCCAACGGUGGGCAAACCUUUUAAGUGCAGCUACUGCAGUCGCAGCUACAAACAACAGAGCACACUGGAGGAACAUCUAGAGCGCUGCCAUAGUUAUCUGAAGAGCCUGGACCACCAGACAGCAGUCAACACACAGACAGCACAGGGUGAAGAGUCAGUAAAUAUGGAGAUAAUUACUAAACCCGAACUCCAGCCAUCCAAUGAAAAAAUCCAGUUUGCGGAUAGACUGGCUAUUAGUAUCACCAAACGCAAGAGGACAACACCACAGAAGUUUUUAGGUGAAAAGCACAUGCACCUUGACCUACCUGAAGCACCUUAUGAAUUGUCUUCUGGCUCUGAGAAGGAGGGGGACCUCAUGAGCUCUCAGCCUUCUGGGGACCCCACUGGGCUGGCUGGUUCACGGCUCCACGGUGCUAGGGGUAAAAAUGAGAACCAUGAAUCGUCUACACUGUCUCAGCUUCAUCCUGCCUUCCUAUCAGUUAUGAGCUCCAUCAACAGCAACGUGACUCCUCAGGGCCCCCGAGCCCAUGGGGGAGGUGGGCUGGCGGCGAUGUCUCUUGGGCUGGCUGGGAGGGAGGCGGGCGAGGGCCGUGUUGACCAACCCUCAGCCCAUAGCCAUACCACCUCGCCCAAUGGCUGUCCCGACUCUACAGACACAGAGAGCACAGCAGAGGAGCAGAGCACAAGGGCUACAGCCCCAACAAGUACCUCCAACAAUCAUCACCUCCACUACCAAACCCCAGCACUGCCCCGCAGCCAUCCCACUUCCAGCCCCAGCCAGGCCAAAGACUUGGACCCAGAGUGGGAGAGAGCGUGUCCUGUGCCCCCCACCACAGUAAAGAGAAGCUCUAGCUCACCCAUUUCUUCCAGGGAGACCGUGCAGGUAUUAGACAGGGAUGGCAGGUCUGUGCGCUCCUUCUACUGCCGGCACUGCCGCAUCAUAUUCCUGGACCAUGUCAUGUUCACCAUCCACAUGGGCUGUCACGGCUUCCGCCAAUCGUUCGAGUGCAACAUCUGUGGCCACCUCAGCCAGGACCGCUACGAGUUCUCGUCUCACAUCAGCCGUGGAGAGCACCAGGUGGGCUGAGGAGAGGGUCUCGUGGCUGGAUGAGGAUAGGAGGUGACUGCUGCUCUCUA